CUCAAUCUCAUAUUCACACACAACGUUCCCUGCACACCUUUGUAAAACUUUUCACUUGCUCUUACAGUUACACUGCAGUACUACUGCCGGUACUGCAUCUGCACGCAGUUAAGCAGGGAGUGGUACGCAUAAUCAGAGAAAUGAUGAGUCGGAAGGCAAUUCUCUUCUUUGGUUUUGCCUGCAUUGUGAUCGCCGGCGUUAGGGGUCAAUCUCCGGCUACGACUCCCGCCCCACCGACGCAGACGAGUCCUCCUGCAGUUACUCCACCACCCACCACAACCACACCACCUCCGGCCGUCACCACGCCUCCGCCGUCAAGUCCACCUCCGGUCAGCACUCCCCCUCCAGCGUCAACUCCCCUGGUAAGCUCUCCUCCUCCGGUGACUCCUCCCCCAGCCAGUCCACCUCCAGCAUCUCCUCCCCCGGCCAGUCCACCUCCAGCAUCUCCUCCACCGGCCAGUCCACCUCCAGCAUCUCCUCCACCGGCAAUCCCUCCUCCAGCCACUCCACCCCCUGCCACUCCUCCACCAGCUCCAUUCGCAGCUCCCCCUAUGGUUCCCACCACGGCUCCGGCUCUCGCACCGAGCAAGGACAAGGUGAAAGCUCCUGCUCUUUCUCCCUUGGCGCCGAGUCUGUCCGUUACGCCGACGGCAGCUCCAGGGCCCAGCAAGGCAGCUAGCUCUCCCGCACCAGCCCAGAUCAACGGCAGUGGAGUUGAGAAGAUAUCAUCCGUUCAGAAGGUGGUAGGAAGUUUGAUCUUUGGGUGGGCUCUCCUCUGGUCGGUGCUUUAGAUCGACCCACCUCUCAGGCUUCUCUUCCUCAUAUCCGCAUUAUCGAUCACUUUCGCCUCUCUCUAUAUAUAUAUUUAUAUAUUUACCGGCCAUAUAUCAUUGUAGCCUCACCAGAUUAUGGAACUUGGUACUUGUAUUUGGGACUAUAUACGUUACAUUUGAUUGAAUUCUUUUGGGAGAUUAUUGAGGGGAGUUUUCUGUAUUGGUUAUUGAGGGAGUACUACUUAUUUUUAUUUUUUUGUAUUUGCCUGUUCACUUUGAAUACAUUAGUAUUGUCUCUUUA